AAUGCGAAUUUCACCAUUUGAAAUCUGCGACCUGCAUCCCUUAUGAUCCCGUUGCAACGUUUGAGUUUGUAAGUAUCAAAGAAAUGUCCCCUUUUAUAAACGUAUAUGUUUUUUCAAAAAUCGAGUAUAGUUACGCGGGCGAAAAAACCAAAAAAUUCUUCGACAAUGGGAAAGAAGAGUACUACUGAAAAACGAAAAUCAAACCAGGCCGAUUUAAUUCCCUUGCAUCUCAAGAAGCCGAAUACCUCGGAUUCUGUCUUUACAGAAACCCCUAGCUGCUCUUCAGCACAGGAUGUUGGCCUAGUUAAUUUCCCUGCAAAUAAUGAAAACCAGAAACUAGAACCUACUUUGCCACUCGAUUCUGUCAAGAAGAAAAAGAAGAAGAAGAAGAAGCAGAAACCCAGUGGUUUAGAGGAGAAACCGGAAACUGUUUCACCAUUAGAGUCCGUGACGAAGAAUAAGAAGAAGAGGAACAGGGGUUUCAAAAGUAAAACUAUCAGGGAAAUAUUCAAGGAGCAGUUGAAGGGGAUUUUUUAUGUCAAAGAUAAAUGUCUUGAUGAGCUGCUUGAAAAACUUUCUAGAUCCAUUGAAGCUAUGGGACAACCCAAAGGGAAGAUGUACAAAAUAUGGAUGAAGCAACAUUUUUCUGUGGGAAUCAAUGAGGUCACUCGAACGCUGGAGAGAAUGCCUGUUGCGUCUAACACAAUUCUUGAGAGCUAUAUAUCAGAUUUCCAGUCUCCACAGGAUCCUUUUUCUAACAUUGAAAGAGGGCAUGAAGAAAGUGUACCUAACAAAGAUGUCAUUUGCAGGGAGACUGAAAUUCGAGGACAAAGGGUGCUCCUUCAAGCAGUGCUGAUUGCAGUAGAUUGCCAUCCUCGUGCGCUUGUCAGUCAUUUUCCCGGCUUAGCUUCUAGCAGGGGUGUACCUUUAUUUUCUGUUGAAAACCAUGGAUCUGGUUCAGAGCAGUUAGGUAAACUAUUGAAGUUGAAAACAGCAGUUGCUAUUGGGGUUAAGGUGGGAGAGUCUGCAAUAAAUAAAGUUAUUCAAGAUGCCAUUGAUGAUCAGGUAUGGAGAUUAAAUUCUAAUGUAGCUUUUGAAUCACAAGAAAUGACUACAGAGUGAGGCAGUAAGCAGUUGUCCUAACUCCAAAGGUUUAUUUUUGGAAGAUAAAACUCAAUAUUCGUGAAUGAUCAGUGCCCAUGAAAAGAAUCCCAUUGAUCACAUCUUGUUCUGUACGUCAAUAUGGCAGUUUAUCAAUAUGUCCUGCUUGGUCCUUGUACUUUGUAAAGGUUUUUGAAGCAGGAUAUAACUUUUGAAAGGAUGAUAUAUCUUGGUCGGCUAUAAAAUGUUAUUUAGGUAUAUGAUGUCACAUCUGGCAAUAUUGCUUUCUGCCUGGCCUGUUUCUGUGUUUUGCAGGAUCAACAUGCAGUUAGCAAGGAGGACGUUUGGAGUUUAAAUUUUGAGAAUAGUUGGAGCAUGGACUAAUUAUGACAGUAGGUCAUGUCCGAUGCAAAUUGCUACUUGUAUAUCCUUGUAUUUUGAGCGUAAAUAUAUUUUGAGUUAAAAGAAGCAGUUAGACUUGUCAAAUUGUCUACCUUCAUGAUGUGAGCUUUAGUUUAAAAAUGAUGGGUUAUGCUUGUGUUUCGGUAAUUAGUGUGAGUAUAGUUGUGAAUUGUUGUAUUUUUUAUUUUUUUGAAUCCCUGCACGCUACCUUUUAGUGCUCAUGAAGCUGAAAUUCGGAAGUCAAUAAUGAUAUUACUCAUGUUGGCUUGACCUUUGUGCAUUGUAAUUUUGAAAACUUGCGUACUAUCUAUUUGUAUAUGAAUAUUUUGAACAUAAUGCAGUCAAACUAUGUACCUUCA